CCUAAAUUCAGGCCUAACGGUAAACGAAAGAAGACGAGGGACUCUUGCACCCCUCCUCAGACGAUUCAGAAAAAACUGGGAUGUAUUAAGAUUGACGUAACUGCUAUUGUCAGACCACGUACAAACUUGACUAAAAUACCAAAAUUUGCUGGCUGCUGACAGAAAAUCUAUAUCGGUGUGACUAAGGGAAACCGCCAAAAUGGGUAGACCGCUGAAUGUGCGUGUUACCACGAUGGAUGCGGAGUUGGAAUUCGCAAUCCAACCCAACACCACUGGUAAACAGUUAUUUGAUCAGGUGGUCAAAACAAUAGGACUGAGAGAAAUUUGGUUUUUUGGGCUGAAGUAUGUGGACAGUAAGGGAUACACAACUUGGCUGAAACUGAACAAGAAGGUUCUGAGCCAAGAUGUUCGCAAAGAAACCCCUCUUCAAUUCAAAUUCCGAGCCAAAUUUUUCCCAGAGGAUGUCUCUGAAGAAUUGAUCCAGGAGGUUACCCAGAGAAUGUUCUUCCUUCAAGUCAAAGACGCUAUUUUGAGCGAUGAAAUCUACUGUCCACCAGAAACGUCAGUCUUGUUGGCCUCAUAUGCUGUCCAGGCUAAAUACGGUGACCACGACAAGGGAAAUCACCCCGAUGGCUUCCUGAAGAACGACAGACUUCUGCCACAGAGAGUUCUUGAACAACACAAGCUGUCAAAAGAACAGUGGGAUGAGAGAAUUAGUAAUUGGUGGGCAGAACACAAGGGCAUGUUAAGAGAAGAUGCCAUGAUGGAGUACUUGAAAAUUGCCCAGGACUUGGAAAUGUAUGGUGUAAACUAUUUUGAGAUCAAGAACAAAAAAGGCACAGAUCUUUGGCUUGGUGUGGAUGCCUUAGGACUGAAUGUUUAUGAAAAGGAUGACAAACUGACUCCAAAGAUUGGCUUCCCAUGGAGCGAGAUCCGAAACAUUUCAUUCAACGAUAAAAAAUUUGUUAUUAAGCCAAUAGACAAAAAAGCACCUGACUUUGUAUUCUAUGCCCCUCGUCUAAGGAUAAACAAGCGAAUCCUUGCAUUGUGUAUGGGCAACCAUGAGCUGUACAUGAGGCGAAGAAAGCCAGACACCAUUGAGGUGCAACAGAUGAAAGCUCUAGCCAGGGAGGAAAAGCUGAGCAAGCAACAAGAACGUGCUAAGUUGGAGCAUGAGAGACAGGCCAGGGAAGAUGCUGAGAAACAGAAGGCGGAAAUGGAAGAGAGAUUAAGAAAGUACGAGGAAGAGCAGAGAAAGAUUUUCGAAGAGUUUGAGAAGUCUCAGAAGAGGAGUCAGGAGUUGGAGCAGACGAUUGAGCGUGAGGAGCGAGAGAGGCGUGAGCUGGAGGAGAAGAGAAGGCAGGCUGAGGAGGAUUACCUGAGGGCUCAGCAGGAUGUCAACCUGGAGAAGGAGGAGAGGGAGAGGAUUGCUGCAGCUAGGGAAGCGGCAGAGCAUGAGGCUCAGCGACAGGCUGAAGAGCUGAGGCAGAGGGAAGAAGACCUCCUGUCCCUGCAGGAGAAGCUGGCCCAGGCUCAGAGGGAGGCUGAGGAGAAACAAGCACAAUACCUACAGGCCAUGGCCACACCCCAGGCUCACCACGUCAAGGAACAUGACGACCAGGACGAGUCCGAGGAGACGGAAAACAAUCGAGAAUAUGAUGCCGAUUUACAGGUGAAUGAGAAUGAGGUGGUUCCCCGUCCCGAGGAGGAGAGGAUAACUCAGGCUGAGAAGAACCAGCGGCUACAGGCCCAGUUAAAAAAUCUCAGCUCUGAGCUUCAGGAACAAAAAGAUGACCAGAAGAUGACUACGAAUGAUAUUCUGCACGCUGAAAAUGUGAAGCAAGGCCGCGACAAAUAUAAAACUCUCAAACAAAUUAGACAAGGGAACACACGGAAGAGGGUGGAUGAAUUUGAGGCAUUGUAAAAGAAGGUGUGGCUGUGUGUGUAGAUAUGUUACUGUUUGCUCCACCAGAGGUCGCCACAAGGUCGCUGAAGCUCUGUACAAACAUAUUACCAGAGACAUUACCAAACUGUGGCAGCCAAAAACUUGAUCAUCUUGUGUCUGAUCUAAGGGACUCCAGCAAGCCCGUCAGUCUGAUUCCAACCAUCAGCCAAGAGAAUGUAUCUCCCUCAUGGAUCGUGUAUAUAAAGACUAUUAGAGUAGGCCUUUUACAGCACUUGAAAAACUAAAUUUCAAAUUAUCAUUGUUUAUCAAAAAAUGUCAAGAGCGGACGCAAAACAUGCAUACAUACUAUUUUAGAUACCUGAAGCACAUUGUAAUUGAACAAACUCCUGGUCACGGCGAGUCGGGUGGGGUCUGGUGCACUGGCAGGUCCCCGGCGACCUGUUGUUAGUGCCACAUCUCUUACUUCAACCAAACUAGAUAGGUGGAAGAAUGUUCCAUUUUUUUUUUGUUUUUUUUUUGUACAAGGAUAUUAUGUACAUGUAUUUUGUAUGCAGAUGAUGUAUAAAUUUGCUUCUAUCUAUCCAAACACAAGUGUAUCUUAUAUUAUUGGAUAUGUUUUUCUUUUGCCUGCUUCCUAUUGUAUGAUGGUAUUGACUGGUCAGUGGUUGGGCCUGGCCUGUUGUGACCCCCUGUAGGUGUGGAGGGGUGUUGUGGGGGGAAGGGGAUGAGAUGUGUACUCGGAUUAUUGGUACGAAUGAUAUUCCUUGCCAAGUAAGGUGCUAUGUGGGCACCUCAAUGGGUCGUCACAAAAAUCAGCUUUUUGCAAAAUCUGCAGAAAAUUUAUUAUUAUUCUACUACGAUCAAAAUGAUACUGAUCCCACAUAUCUUUAUAAAUGUAUAACCAUAAUUUGAUGCAAUAAAAGGAAGAUUAAAACCA